UGAAACAUCAUGGCGGCGUGCAUGCUCCCCGCAGCCUCCAGAUACUCACUGUUUAUUUUUCUCAGAGACAGUUUUCUGUCCCCGAGGACCAUUUACCGACUGUCAUCUAUUUCUUCUGGAAACGGUUAUACUAGUUGGAGGACAUCAUCCAGUUCCUCCUCGGAGCCCCCCACAGCAGAUACCUGUGCCUUCAGGGGACACUAUGGUCUCCUUGUGAAGUGUGGGUCGCUGAGGAAAGAUGCUCAGCAGAAACAUGUUCUCCAACGCCUGGCUCAGCUGCAGCACACCAUGGAGAACUACAGCAACAGCAUCUACUUAAAUUCACCUCCACCCGGGCCGAGCUCCAAAGAUCAGUUGACGGAUGAGGAAGGGUCCCACGUAACAGCAGCUGAAAACAAGGGAUCUGCUACUGAGGUAAAGGAGGAGGAACCCUCUCCACCACCACCACCUCCCAAAGGCUUCUACAUCUAUGGAGAUGUUGGCACAGGGAAGACCAUGCUCAUGGAUAUGUUUUAUUCCCACGUGGAAAGCACUCGUAAAAAGAGAGUCCACUUCAAUGGCUUCAUGUUGGAGAUCCACAAAAGGAUACAUCGGAGGAAACAAAGCCUGCCAAAAAGAAGGCUAGGGGAAAGGUUCACCUCUGACCCCAUACUACCGGUUGCCAUGGAGAUCAGCAAUGAAGUUUGCCUGUUGUGUUUUGAUGAGUUUCAGGUGACCGACAUCGCCGACGCCAUGAUCCUGAAGCAGCUGUUUGAGACGCUGUUAAAGACCGGAGUGGUGGUGGUGGCCACCUCCAACAGACCCCCUGAUGAUCUGUACAAAAACGGACUUCAGAGGGACACCUUCCUACCUUUCAUCGACGUGCUAAAGGAGCACUGCCACACCGUCCGCCUCGACUCGGGUACCGACUACAGGAGGCUGAACAGGGCUGCAGCCAGAAAACUCUACUACCUCUCGGGGGAGCCUGGUGCGGCGGCCUGCCUGGAUGCGCUGUUUGAGGAGCUGGCCUCGAGUCAAAAGAGCGUUACAGGCCCUCGGUUGCUCACAGUUCUGGGGAGAGACGUGACUUUGGAAAAGACCUGUGGCUCCAUCGCUGACUGUAGUUUUGAUGAGCUGUGUGGCAAACCUCUGGGGGCCGGUGACUACCUGGAAAUGGCGCGGCUCUUUGACACCGUAUUCAUUCGCCACGUUCCGGUCCUGACGCUGACCCUGAAGGACCAGGCCAGGCGCUUCACCACCCUCAUCGACAACUUCUACGACAACAAGGUGAGAGUGGUGCUGCUGGCAGCUUCGCCUCUAGAGCGGCUGUUUGUCCACACCGGAGGGGACGAUGAGAGGGACAGACAACUACUGGAUGACCUGGGCCUCAGCGGGGAGGCCGCCGAGCGCCUCACACUGUUCACAGCCGAGGAGGAGAUCUUUGCCUUCCAACGGACCGUCUCCAGACUGACGGAGAUGCAAAGUGAGUCCUACUGGAUGACGGGAGACCGCAGUCACAGCAAGAAACCCAGCAACACCCACGGCUGACCGCCUCGUAAUCACAUACACCUCCGGACAACGCAGUGCCUCACCGACUCUGAAUGCUACUCAAGAGAAGUUCAGAAUCAGCAGGGGGGAAAAAAAAGACUUGAUAUCCGCACUAAAUAUUGCAACAACAAAAAAAUGAUUCCUGUUUUGGAUUUAGAUCCGACUUCCCCUGAUCUCAUGCAUGUGUGUUGUAGCGUUUUACUGUUUGGUCCCCUUCUAAGAGGAGUGCUCUCUCCCCCUUGUGGAAUAUUUCCCCGACAUGUUCAAACUACAAGGGAAACGGGUGUUCUCGCUUCACUGGGACAGUGUCCCUCAAAGCAGUUGGCUACCUCCCUCUAGUGGACAAAUGUGGGAAUUGUUUUUCAGAUCCAUUUUGUUCUCUGGUCCGUGAUUUUAAAACGUAAGACAGACACAAACUUCACCACAGUUACAAAAUGUAGAUGUUUCUUUUAAGUGUAAAAGAUGUGAGGAUUGUGGAAUAAGAAAAUUGGUAUUCAUAUUAAAUGAUUCCAUAUUGGA